AUGGGCAAGAUCGAGAACAACGAGAGGGUGAUCCUCAACGUGGGGGGGACCCGGCACGAAACCUACCGCAGCACGCUGAAGACCCUCCCGGGGACCCGCUUAGCUCUGCUCGCCUCGGAGCCCCAGGGCGAUUAUUUGACUGGAGGCGAUGAGCAGCAGCCAUCGCCCCCUCCCCCGACGCCCCCCGCUCCGCCCCUACCCCCCGGCCCAGCCGGAGGCUGCUUCGAGAGCAGCGCAAGCAACUGCAGCCCCCGGGGCGCCCACGGAGGCGGCGGGCACGAGUUCUUCUUCGACCGGCACCCCGGGGUCUUCGCUUACGUCCUCAACUACUACCGCACAGGCAAGUUGCACUGCCCCGCCGACGUGUGCGGACCCCUGUUCGAGGAGGAGCUGGCCUUCUGGGGCAUCGACGAGACCGACGUGGAGCCCUGCUGCUGGAUGACCUACAGGCAGCACCGGGACGCGGAGGAGGCGCUCGACAUCUUUGAGACCCCCGACCUUAUCGGCGGCGACCAAGGCGACGACGAGGACCUGACCGCCAAGAGGCUGGGCAUCGAGGAGGUGGCGGGGGUGGGGGGCCCGGACUGCAAAGCCGGCCGCUGGAAAAGGUUGCAGCCCCGGAUGUGGGCUCUCUUCGAGGAUCCCUACUCUUCUCGAGCCGCCAGGUUCAUUGCCUUCGCUUCUUUAUUCUUCAUCCUGGUUUCAAUCACAACCUUUUGCCUGGAGACCCACGAGGCUUUCAAUACCAUUAUAAACAAGACAGAACCAGUUAUCAAUGGCACAAAAGUUGUUCUGCAGUAUGAAAUAGAAACGGAUCCUGCUCUGACGUAUGUAGAAGGCGUGUGUGUGGUGUGGUUUACAUUCGAAUUUUUAGUCCGUAUUGUUUUUUCCCCAAAUAAACUUGAGUUCAUCAAAAAUCUCUUGAAUAUCAUUGACUUUGUGGCAAUCCUACCUUUCUACUUGGAAGUGGGACUCAGCGGGCUGUCAUCCAAAGCUGCUAAAGAUGUCCUCGGCUUCCUCAGGGUGGUGAGAUUUGUCAGGAUUCUAAGAAUCUUUAAGCUCACCCGCCAUUUUGUAGGGCUGAGGGUGCUUGGACAUACUCUUCGAGCAAGUACUAAUGAAUUUUUGCUGCUGAUAAUCUUCCUGGCCCUAGGAGUUUUGAUAUUUGCCACCAUGAUCUACUAUGCUGAGAGAGUAGGGGCUCAGCCUAACGACCCUUCAGCUAGUGAGCACACGCAGUUUAAAAAUAUCCCCAUUGGUUUCUGGUGGGCUGUAGUGACCAUGACCACUCUGGGUUAUGGGGAUAUGUACCCACAGACUUGGUCAGGGAUGUUAGUGGGGGCUCUGUGUGCUCUGGCUGGAGUGCUGACUAUAGCCAUGCCUGUGCCUGUCAUUGUCAACAAUUUUGGAAUGUACUACUCUUUGGCAAUGGCAAAGCAGAAACUUCCAAGGAAGCGAAAGAAGCAUAUCCCUCCAGCUCCUCAGGCAAGCUCUCCUACCUUUUGCAAGAUGGACAUGAACAUGGCCUGCAAUAGCACACAGGGAGAUCCAUGCCUGGGCAAAGACAAUCUAUUGCUGGACCAUAACCGAUCAGUGUUAUCAGGUGAAGACAGUGCAGGAAGUGAGCAGCCAUUGUCACCCCCUGAAAGGCUUCCAAUGAGACGCUCUAGUACCAGAGACAAAAACAGAAGAGGGGGAGCCUGUUUCCUACUGACCACAGGUGAUUACACGUGUGCCACUGAUGGAGGGAUCAGGAAAGGAUAUGAAAAAUCCAGAAGUUUAAACAACAUAGCGGGCUUGGCAGGCAAUGCUCUGAGACUCUCUCCAGUUACAUCACCCUACAGCUCACCUUGUCCUCUGAGAAGGUCUCGAUCUCCCAUCCCAUCCAUCUUGUAA